AUGCCAUCACACAAAAAUGACGAAUUUGGCGCCCGUCCGAGCGCCGACACCACCCCCGAUGCCCCGCCGGUCGAAAUUUUAGAUCGCACGGACGACCACCCUCCCAGACCACGCGUGCAGAUACUAGAGCCCAGCGUGUCUACAGCCCAGCAAGACGGACAGUCAGAUUCGCCAUCGCCAAAAAUGGUCCAACGAUCCGAGACAACCUUCUCUAAAGUGUCAGUGCGAAAACGCGGUCGCACCGCUACGAAUCUAGCAGCAGGCUAUGGCGACGGGACGGGCAGCACCACGUCCUAUAGACCAGGCUCAGAGCCCGGCUUAAACACAACAGAUCCCGCUCCGCCAUACAGCAACACAGAUACCUCACCCUCACACUUUCCCAUACAGCAAUGCGGAAUCACGGUUGUCGAUUACUCUGCUGAUAGGGUUACUACGACCGAGCUCGACAACACGGAUCUUGCAGAUUUUCUUGACCAGCCCAUGCCGGAGUGGUGCAAGGUGCGUUGGAUCAACUGCGAUGGGCUCUCGUGGGACGUGGUGAGGAUCCUAGCAAACUACCGGGGUCUACACCGACUAGCCAUCGAGGAUUUGAUGACGGAUAAAAAUCGCUCCAAAGUGGACUGGUACAAUGACCACACCUACAUGGUGCUACCGCUGCAGAAGCUAGUCAACCUAGUUGAUCCCGAUGAUGAGGAUCAAGAGAGUGAUUCCGACGUAGACGAGGAGGCUGGUGGCACACUGUCCCGGGAAUUAUCAGCCGACGCUGAGAAGAAGAGGAGAAAGCGAUCGAUCCGCCACCUGAAGCAGAAACGAGGCCCAGUCCGAAUACUAUGGAAUGAAAUGGUUAAAGGGCAAAGUAAAGCAGAAGGCAGUUCCGGCAAACGUGAGCACCAUCAGCGCCGUCAAAUGGGCGGCCUUACUCCGACUGGUAACUUCAACAGAAGGAAGAGCGAGAUACCAUGGAAACGCCGUUCAUGGCGAUCACUUCAGCGUUAUCAUUCCGCAGCGAACAUGGACCGUGUCGAGUUCAUGGAACGGCACGCGACUUUGAGGUCACGAGGCUUGUUGGUAUCCGUAGAGCAGGUCUCAAUCUUCCUGUGUACCAACAACACUGUCAUCUCCUUCUUCGAAUACUCGGCGGAUGAUGUGGAGAUUCCUAUCCUGAAACGACUGAAUACGGACGGAACUAUUCUACGAGAAAGCGAAGAUGCAACCCUAUUAACUCAGUCACUCCUCGACGCAAUCAUUGACAUGGCUAUUCCCGUCACCACUGCCUUUCAAGACGCUCUGGGUGAAUUAGAGCUCGAAGUGCUCACUGAACCUGAUAUCGUCCAAUCAAAGGCACUGUACAUUUUGACGAGCGAGAUAGCGGUCCUCCGCAACGCCAUCGCACCUGUGGCAGGACUGAUAGGCUCGCUCAAAUACCACAACAGCAAGAUGGCGUCGACAAGUAAGGUGACAGCAGGCAAUGCGUUUGAGGAAAACGGAGAUGUUUUGAGCUCGAAGCCCACCGUGUAUCGAAAGCAGUCGAUUCUACAUUCGGGCAUCGAGAUUUCCGACGUCACGGUGACUUACCUGGGAGACGUUGAGGAUCAUGUUCUCUUGAUCCAAGAAGCGUACGACCAGAUGAGAAGGUCUGCCGACAAUCUAGUUGACCUGAUCUUCAACACCAUCGGUGCAUUUCAAAACGAAAGCAUGAAGACGUUGACUCUCAUCACCUGCUUCUUCCUGCCACUCAGCUUCUUGACCGGCUAUUUCGGCAUGAAUUUUGAGCGUUUCGCAGCCAUCAAGAACUCGGACGCAUACUUCUGGGAAAUAGCUAUUCCCGUAGGAGUGUUUGUGUUUCUGGUUCUAAGUAAAGACUUGUUGCAACGGUGGGCGUCAAAAUGGGCCAACAAGAUCCUCAUUUGGCGCGCAAGAAAGAGGCGUACCGUCCCCGAAGCCCAUCGUCAAACAAGCUAG